CCAACGGCUCCGGUAUAAAAGGGGGAGAGAAACGGUUCUCGGUCCUUUCUCCGCUCUGUUCCUGGAAUAUCCACUGAAAGUCGAGCUGCAGUAAAUAUAAACCAAUAUGGGGAAGGAGAAGACCCACAUCAACAUCGUGGUCAUCGGCCAUGUCGACUCCGGCAAGUCCACCACCACCGGACACCUCAUCUACAAGUGCGGAGGCAUCGACAAGAGAACCAUCGAGAAGUUCGAGAAGGAAGCGGCAGAGAUGGGCAAGGGCUCCUUCAAGUACGCCUGGGUGCUGGACAAGCUGAAGGCCGAGCGUGAGCGUGGUAUCACCAUCGACAUUUCCCUCUGGAAGUUUGAGACCAGCAAGUACUACGUGACCAUCAUCGAUGCCCCUGGGCACAGAGAUUUCAUCAAGAACAUGAUCACUGGCACUUCACAGGCUGAUUGUGCUGUGCUGAUUGUGGCGGGUGGUGUGGGAGAGUUCGAGGCUGGUAUCUCCAAGAACGGCCAGACCCGCGAACAUGCCCUGCUGGCCUAUACCCUGGGAGUGAAGCAGCUUAUCGUUGGUGUCAACAAGAUGGACUCCACUGAGCCCCCCUACAGCCAGAAGCGUUUCGAGGAAAUCACCAAGGAAGUCAGCACCUACAUCAAGAAGAUCGGCUACAACCCUGCCACAGUCGCUUUCGUGCCCAUCUCCGGUUGGCAUGGCGACAACAUGUUGGAGCCCAGCAGCAACAUGACCUGGUUUAAGGGGUGGAAGGUGGAGCGCAAGGAGGGCACUGUCACCGGUGUCACCCUGCUGGAGGCCCUGGACUCUAUCCUGCCCCCAACCCGUCCCACCGACAAACCCCUGCGUCUCCCCCUGCAGGACGUCUACAAAAUCGGAGGUAUUGGCACUGUACCCGUGGGCCGUGUGGAGACUGGCACCCUGAAGGCUGGCAUGGUGGUGACCUUUGCCCCUGCCAAUGUGACCACUGAGGUCAAGUCUGUGGAGAUGCACCACGAGACCCUGGCUGAGGCUCUGCCCGGUGACAACGUGGGCUUCAAUGUCAAGAACGUGUCUGUCAAGGACAUUCGCCGUGGCAACGUGGCUGGAGACAGCAAGAACGACCCCCCUCAGGAGGCCGGCAACUUCACCGCUCAGGUCAUCAUCCUGAAUCACCCUGGUCAGAUCAACGCUGGAUACGCACCCGUCCUGGACUGCCACACAGCCCACAUCGCCUGCAAGUUCAGUGAGCUCAAGGAGAAGAUUGACCGCCGUUCUGGCAAGAAGUUGGAGGACAACCCCAAGAGCCUCAAGUCCGGCGAUGCCGCCAUCAUUCUCAUGAUCCCUGGCAAGCCCAUGUGUGUGGAGAGCUUCUCAGAGUACCCCCCUCUGGGUCGCUUCGCUGUGCGUGACAUGAGGCAGACCGUGGCCGUCGGCGUCAUCAAGGCCGUCGAGAAGAAGGUCGCCACUGGAGGCAAGGUGACCAAGUCAGCACAGAAGGCUGCCAAGGCCAAGUGAACCUGCCAGUUGGACGCUGCAGAGCCGUCUCCUGGCUCUUCUCGGAACCUGAGCUCUCUACUGAAGGACUGGCUGAUGCUGAUCAAAACCCAUCGCAAGAGUUUCCGCAGGAAAAAAAAACACUAUGUACUUCACACAAUGCCUGCAUUAUAGGGGAAACAAUAACAUUAAUAAAAAGGAUCAUUAGUUGCUGUGAUGAUUAAAAACACUGUGCCAUUGUGUUCCUUGUGAGCCAACAGCAGAUGACGCAACAUGUCACACGCAUUUAGUCCUUAGAAUGAGUGGUUUCAGGUCUCAGAGGUUUCUCAAUGUUUUAUAAACACUUCGAAAAGAAUAAAAAUACAACUGCAAGCCAA